GCUAACCGGCGGCUCUGCUCCUGGCGAUCGCGGGGUGCAGGCUCCCCAGCACGCAUACAGGAAGCCUCUCAGAGCUACGGCUCAGGAGGGGCCUCAGAGUGGAGAGCUGCUGCUGUUUAGGAGGAACAGCUUUGCCAGUGCCCUGCUCUAAAUAGACGAAGAAAGAUCUUCUCAUUUCCAGAGUAACUGGAGACCACUUUUGCCGCAUCUUAUUCUGCCUUUCCCCAAGUGAAAUAAACUAUACAGUUUUGCCUGUAUAACUGCUUCUCCAGUAGGCCCUGCCAAGGGAGGUGCUUGACUGAAAGGCAAUGUGAUAUAGUGCAAUCAAGAUAGAAUUUGAGGAACCGAGGAACUCCAUGGGUUCUAAUACUGGCUGUGCCAUUGGCUCACUGUAAGGAAAACCAGAAGUGGAAGAAAAUGAAGUAUUUUUGUGUUCACGCUUUGCAUACACCAAAACUGAAACAAAAAAAGAAGAGUUGCACCUCUCAUUGGAUUGGAUUGGAUUGAGUGGAAGUUAUGCGUGCUUGGUGCCUCUGAAAAUUUGACUGCCUGUGAAUUUUUAGAAUCCAAGAAGAUUUGAAAAACGUACAAGUAUGAGUAUUCUUCUAAUUGAAGCUUUUUAUGGUGGUUCCCACAAGCAGCUGGCAGAUCUUCUACAGGAGGAGAUAGAAGAAUGUGUCCUUUACACACUCCCAGCAAAGAAAUGGCACUGGAGAGCACGGACUGCUGCCCUUUAUUUCAUGCAAACAGUGCCAGCUAAUGCUAAUUACAGAAAAUAUACUAAAGAUGUAGAGAGAAAAUUAAUCCCGAACGAUCUUAGAGUUACCGAUUGUCCAGAGCUUUUAAAAAAGGAUCAUCAUACUUUCCAAAGAUUAUCUCCAGUCACCUUGACGAACAGCUUGACAAAAAUUUUCUUUUCAAGACACCUUAAAAUGAUACUGAUCCUCUUUGCAAGCUCAGUGCUUAACCUGACUGAACUUAUUGCCCUUCGGCCUGACCUUGGCAAAUUGAAAAAGGUCCUUUACUUCCAUGAGAACCAGUUGGCAUAUCCUGUACAGAAGUACCAGGAAAGAGAUUUCCAAUAUGGAUACAACCAGAUUCUUUCAUGUUUGGUUGCUGAUAUUGUGGUGUUCAACUCUGCUUUUAAUAUGGAGUCAUUUCUUACAUCUAUCGGAAAAUUUCUGAAGCUGAUUCCUGACCACAGGCCUAAGGAUCUGGAAAAAAUAAUCAGACCAAAGUGCCAAGUUCUUCACUUUCCAAUCAGAUUUCCUGAUGUGAGCAGAUUCAUGCCGGAGCACAAACUGGCCCAUUUGGAGAAGAUAACUGGUGUUAGAGGAAAUGGAGAUACUUAUCUAUUUAGGUGUCUGCCUUUCCAACAGAAGUAUAGAGCCACUAAGAGUUUAAUGAAAAACAGCAGUUCAAGUCCUGAGUCUGGACUUUGUGAAGCACAGUCUGGACUUUGUACCACACAAGGAGAAAGACUACAAUACCCAUUAACAUCACUAGAGAAACUGAACAAGUCUGAAGCAUCAGAAAGUACAAAUCAAGAAGUGCCUUGUCAAGAAGAUAAGCAACAUGUGACUUUUAACCCUUGUAAUCUCUUGAGUGGAACGGACUAUCAGCAAAGACCUUUGCACAUUGUCUGGCCUCACAGGUGGGAACAUGAUAAAGACCCUGAGAGUUUCUUUAAAGUAUUGCUGAAACUUAAAGAGAUGGACCUACCUUUUCAUAUGUCUGUCCUUGGAGAGACUUUCACUGAUGUACCAGAUAUAUUUUCAGAGGCCAAAAAGGCAUUGGAAUCUUCUAUCUUGCACUGGGGCUACUUACCUAGAAAAGAUGACUAUUUCCAAGCUCUGUGCAUGGCUGAUGUUGUGAUCUCAACAGCUAAACAUGAAUUCUUUGGAGUGGCAAUGAUAGAAGCUGUAUAUUGUGGUUGUUAUCCACUAUGUCCUAACGCUUUGGUGUAUCCAGAAAUAUUUCCAGCUGAAUAUCUGUAUUCUACACCUGAACAGCUUUUUAAAAGGCUUCAGAAUUUCUGCAGGAGACCAGAUAUUGUAAGGAAACAUCUCUACAAGGGUGAGAUGGAUCAGUUUUCUUGGGCAGCACUACGUGGUAAAUUCAGGUCUCUGCUCACAACAGAACCUAGGGAAGAUUUGUGACAGAUGGGGCUAAGUCACAAACUUGCAGCCUAAGGCAGAAUCUGUAGAACUUUCCAGAGUGUGCCCAUAUUUACCUGAUCAGAGAGAAAAGAAAAUCUGCAGAGGAAGCUGAGCCUGGCUGCUUGUCAUAGCUGACACAGAGCCAUCUGCCACAAACCUGUGGCGGCUUCAGAUCUCCAAUCCCUGCCACCACCCCAACUCAAAUUAAAUACAGAUUCCUAGAGACGUUAUGAUGGUUACACAUGUCCUCGGCAUCACAUGCAGGAGACUGUUCAAAAAAAAUAUGUGGCCUGUUGUAUAACCGCACUCAUGUAUCCCAUAUGUGGUGCCACAUUGAAUUUCCGGUUGAAUCUGUUUUUAUCCUUUGUACUGGAUGACAUGGUGCCUGAAUUCUUUCUUUUUGCCGACAUGAUGGCAGCCAAACUGCAGCUUCAAACGCUCACACUUGGCUGGGUUUCUACCUAGGUUGCCAGGUUAUCAUUGGAGCCUUAUUGUGUCCUCAAAGGGCCACAGGGCCUGAAAGGAGGAUCAGAGUGCUACUGGACUAAUUGGGCAGCCAUCUACGAAUUGUUUGUAGGCAAAGCACUUUUCUUUUUGCAAAUUAAUGACUCUCUGGCACAAGGUUUUUAAGUGAAGGUAUUAAUAAGGGGUCUGGCAGGUAUUCCCAUGAUUCACAGUUACAUUUGCAUUUAAUUAAUCUUAAAGAAAGCUGCAAGAUAAACAGCUGUAAUUCAAACUAGCAUGGGAAAUAUGUUACAUGGUGCCAUCUAUCCGAUAAAAUGAAAGCUGAGACACUUGUUUUAUUUCUCUCAAGGAUGGAGAACAAACAGAUAACAGUCAAAAUACUUCCAAUAAAAACCAGUAGUUUUUAUGUAACUGUAGUUCAUCAAAAAUCUUUGCAUUCAGUUACAAAUAUAAUCUUUUAAAGAUAAAUCACUUAUGAUUCUAAGCAUUAGGCUGCUGUAUUUGUUGAUGUAAAAUGUUUUGAAGAUUUAGAUUGUACAAUAAAUUUUUAAUAAAGUGCCCACUGCAUUUUUUAAUUAGCAUAUCUCAUUCAUGUAUAAGUGUGUACAUCCAUCUGUAUGCUUAUCACUGUGCAUAUCCUUGUGACAGAGUCAAUGAAUACAAUUGUGUCUUUAUCUGAUGAAUUUAGAAUCUGUUUUGCAAAUGAUAAUAAAAUGUUAUAACAACUCCAAGAUUUUCAACUGUGUUCUGGGAAGAAGCAAGAGGUAAACAGGAAUUCUCUCGGUAAGUCAUUAUGGUUUAAACUCUGCUAACACUGCCGUCUUUUAAUUGACAAAUAAGCUUUCAACUUCCCUAGUUUGGGGCAAGAUAGCAUCUCUUCCCCCACCUCCAAAAAAGCCUCUAUCACCUGAAUACUAAUUGAGUUUUCUUCUUUAGGUUUGUCAGUGUUUCCCCGAAUUCCACAAUACACCCCAGUUCCUGCCAUUCAGAGACGAAUGUACUGAGUAAUAUGUUUCUUUCUUAAACAUUCUGUUAUCCAUACUUGUGAACUCUGAACUUAGAAUUCGGAAGUGAUAGUUAAUCUAUUUUGUUAUACCAUCAAGCAGUGUAGUGGUCUCAGAUUUUACAGUGCGAGAGAUACUGUAUGCAUACCAGUAUUCCAUGAUUACUUUUUGUUGAUCAGGGAAAUUAUUACAUGACAUUCUGAUGGGUCACUUGUAAACAUUGUGAUGUUUUACUGAUACUGAAGAAAUGUAAUAUUACAAUAAUCAUCUGUGCAUUUAUGUUUGCUUCUCCCUAUUGGUACAUACACUAAAAUUACUGCAUACUUCAGCUUUAAACUGACCGCUAGAAAUUUAAUGCAACAGUUAAAGCUGUCAUUUCAUCCUGACAGUCUGUCUAGUUGUUGCUGCACAUAAGUAACAAUACCACUUUGCACUUUGUAUAGUACUUCUCAUCUGAGUAUCUCUGCAAAUACUAAAUAUCACAACAUCCAUGUGGAGGCAAAUAAGUAUUUUUAGAUGGGGAAACUGAGGCAUGGUGUGGUUAAAUAACUUAAAAUAUCAAUGUCAGAACCAUCAAAGGGACCUAGGAGUCCUGAUUUCCACAGGCAACAAUCCCCUCACACAUUGUUCUGACACCCCUGCUAUUCCAAGACAUGAUAUUGUGAGUUAAGAACAUUGAACCUUAUCCAAAAGCCCAUUAAAGGCAAUGGAAAGACUCCUAUUGAUUUCAGUGAGCUUUGGAUCAAGUCCAAAGAGAGAAGCAGGCCUUAACUCUGGGGGUUUUUUUAUUACUUUUUUGGU